UUCAUCAAAAUGGGAAGACUCAGCCACGACCCUUUCAUUCAACACUUCAGCCACCAUCAUCAGCUCCAGCUAACCCAAACCCUAACACCAACGACACCGUUUUGUUCUGGCUGCAACCGUCAGUCCUCCGGCUGGAUGUACACUUGUAGACCCUGUAACUUCUCCCUCCAUCUUUCAUGUUCCCAGAUGCCUCAGCUCAUUAACCACCCCUCUCAUCCUCUCCACCCUCUCUCCCUCCUCCCAAAACCGCUCUACCCUGGCGGCGUCUUCAAAUGUGACGCGUGCGGCCACCAGGGCCACGGCUUCAGCUACCACUGCAAUAACUGUGACUUCGAUUUACAUAUUCUUUGCGCCUCCAAACCGCUCUACGUCACCCACCACGCCCACGCCUGCCGCCUCUCGCUCUCUUUUUCUCCCCCAUAUCAAGCAAAAGGAUUUUCUUGCGAUAUUUGUCGUAAGUUCGGGGCGAAUCAUUGGCUGUAUCAUUGUGGGAACUGUGAGUUUGAUGCGCACUUGGAUUGCGCUUCCAAUACUCAUCAAAUUCAGCACUCUAUUUCGUUUCCAGGGGGAAAUUAUCAUAAUGGGGUGAUGAAUCAGCAGCAGUUUGUGCAUAGUCAAAGCAUGGGAGGCAUGCAGAUGCAGAGUAAUAAUUAUCAGCAGUUUCAGCAGCAGCAGCAGCAGCCAUGUUUGAGUGGGAAUUCUUUGAUGAAUGCUGCGGUUCAAGGGUUUGUUGAAGGUGCGGCUCAACAGGUUGGUCAGAAUUUUGUGCAGAAUAUGAUGACUGGUGGCAGCAUUCUUGAUCCCGGUAACAAUGGUGGAAUGGUUUUUGAUUUUGGAGAUUCUUCCAUGGUGGGUGAUUCCUCAGGUGAAGCACAAAGUUAAACAAUUAUCCGAUAACACAUGCGCCUAAAAAUAUCAUGUUAUGUUGUUGGGGUAACGUUAUGUCUCAUUAUCCAUCCUUGGAUCUAAUUCAUGUUCGUUAAUGUUAUCUUCAGUAACAUAUCAUAUAACACAAAUGGUUUGUUAAUUAUAUGAGACACGAAAUUGAAGAAUUACCGGACGUAUACAUAAGAAAAUGUUAUGUUAUUAGGGUAACAUUACAUUUUGAUAUUCAGCUUUGAAUUUUGAUUUAUGUUCAUAUGAUAAUUUCGAC